AUGCCAAAAACUGUUAGAAAUAAAUUGGAAGCUUUGAGGUCUUCAUUCUUUUGGGGCGGGUCCACUAAUAAGAGAAAAAUUCAUUGGGUUAAGUGGGACUCGUUUCUUGCGAGUAAGGAAAGUGGCGGCAUUGGAAUUGGAAGCUUAGAAGCCAUGAACUUUGCACUUUUAUAUAAGUGGGGAUGGCGAGGUUUGAAGAAGACUGAUAGUCUUUGGGUUCGAGUAAUUUCUGAUAUUCAUGGUGGAGAUUGCUUCUACAACAUGUCUGCGAAAUCGAAAGGUACAUGGAAAAACAUAAUGCUGGUCGCGAAUCACAUUCAUCAGAAGGCUAUUUUACCAAGGGAUGUCAUAAGUAGGAAAGUCGGCAAUGGGAAGUUAACUAGAUUUUGGAUAGACACAUGGUGUAGCAGUCAACAUUUAGCUUCCCGGUUUAAACGUUUAUUUGCCAUAGAUACUGUUAAGGAUUGCUUGAUUCACGAGAGACGUUCAGAUACUUCAUGGACAUGGAAAUGGAGACGCGAUCUCAGGGAUGGACACGAAAAGAAGCAGCUUACUAACUUGCUGAGCAUUCUGCCCAGUACAUUAACUCAUGAAGAUGACACAUGGUCUUGGAGUUUUGAAGAAAAAUCUGAAUUCUCUAUCUCCCAAAUCCGUAAGUACAUUGAUAAUAAAUGCCUUGAUCAUUCUGUUAAUUCUAAUCUUUGGAAUAAAUGGGUGCCGAAAAAGAUUAAUGUUUUUAUAUAG